GUAUCAUAAUGCUGGUAAAGACAUUCUUCUGGAGAGCUGCUGCUUUACUUGUUAUUGCUGAAACCAUUGGAGUGUUAUUUCUGAUCACCAAAAAGGGAACCGACCAAUUUUAUUUUGAGAAGGCACCAGAGAAGUUCCAUCUGAUCAUUAUUUCCACCUGGAGAUCUGGCUCCUCUUUAGUUGGACAACUAUUCAGCCAGCACCCCAAAGUUUUUUAUCUUAUGGAGCCUAGCUGGCACAUCUGGAAAUUGCUGAAUAAGGGCAGUGCUGUAGGUUUACAGAUGGCUGUUAGAGACUUGCUUAGAUCAAUUUUCCACUGUGACAUGUCUGUGUAUGAUGCUUAUUUACCAAAAGAUAAAAAAGUACGGAAUUUAUUUUCAUGGAAAUCCAGCCGAGCAUUGUGUUCUCCACCGGCUUGUAACUUUUUCAGGCAAACAGAUAUUAUUGACCAAAAUGAAUGUGGCAAGCUCUGUGGAAGAAAUAAUUUCUCUAAAGUUGAAGAGGCUUGCAAAGCAUACAGUCAUGUUGUAUUAAAGGAAGUCCGUGUUUUUAAUCUGAAUGCAAUAUACCCUCUUAUGUUAGAUCAGUCACUGAACCUUAGGGUUAUUCAUCUCGUUCGUGAUCCUAGAGCUGUUUUCAACUCCCGAGGGCAACUAUAUCGUGCACUAGCCAAUGACAAUCAAAUACUUUUAAAUCAUAUAUUAAUAGAUAACCAAACUGAAUACAGAGUGAUGGAACUUAUUUGUAAAAGUCAUAUGCAUAUUUAUAACAUGGCAAUGGAAGGACUCCAUCGAAUAUUAAAAAAACACUAUAUGCUUGUUCGCUAUGAAGACUUGGCCAGAAACCCACUGCCAGUGGUAGAGGAGAUGUAUAACUUUGUAAAUCUGGAUUUAAAUCCAACACUUAAGAAUUGGAUACUAAAUGUCACAUGCGCAAAUAGAAGUGGGAAAUACAAUAGGGCCUUUGCAACUGGUCCACGGAAUGCUUCUUUUGUUUCUCAGAAAUGGAGACAAAGCUUGCCUUUCCAUAAAGUUGAAAAAGUGCAAAGAGCUUGCGAAAAAGCUAUGAAUACUCUUGGAUAUCAACUGGUGUACUCUGAGGAAGAACAGAAACAUGUGUCAUUAGAUUUGUUACUCUCCAUCCAAGAUAGGCUUGAAAUAACAAACUCACUUCAGCAAAACAAACAGAAAUUAAAGCCAAAACAAGAUUAG